AUGCAAACGCUUCGUGAGGAGAUCGACUUUAUGCGGCGGGCGCAUCAAGAGGAGAUAAGAGAAAUGCAUCGAACCUUAGAAGAGGUUGGACGUGGUUUCGAUCAGGAAAUGUGGCAGAACGAGUUGAGCCACGCUGUGCAUGACAUACAAGAUCGAUAUGACGACCAACUGGAGAAAAUUAAAGGCGAGAUGGAGGAUAUGUAUAACGCAAGGUCACGCAUUUAG